AUGGGUGUGUGCGUGUGGGAUGAGCCUGUGGGUGUGGGCGUGGCCGUGGCCGUGGCCGGAAGGGGAGAGCCGGGGCGUGCGGUCCGGGCGGCCGCCCGGCCGGGCGGCUGGUCGACCCGGCAGGGCCCCCCGCCACCGCGCCGGCCCGGCGGCAGAGAGCCGGGGGCGUGCGGUCCGGGCGGCCGGUCGACCCGGCAGGGCCCCCGCCACCUCCCGCGCCCGGCGGCAGAGACCCGGGGCGUGCGGGCCGGGCGGCCGGCGGGCCGGGCGGCUGGUCGACCCGGCAGGGCCCCCGCCACCGCGCCGGCCCGGCGGCAGAGCCGGGCCGGCCGGCUGGUCGACCCGCCCCGCCGGGGAAGAAGGGGAGAGCGCAAGGGCCACGCCGACGCCCGCGUGCCGUCCUCCCUCUCCCCGCCGGCCGGGACGGGACAGAGGGACGGGACACGCGCGCGGACGCGCGCGUCGGCGGCGACUGGCUCGCGCCGCCGGCCCCCCGGCCCCGCGCGUCCCCCCCGGGCGAGGGGACCGCGGGGCCGCCCUGCGACGGCCCCGGACUCCCGUCCGCGCCACGCCUCUCCCCCCGUCCCCCGGCCCAGCCCGCGGGCGAGGACCCGCGGCGGGGAAGCGGAGGAAGGGGCGCGGCACCCCGAGGCCGGGAGGCGCCGCCAGGGGCGGCCCCCCUCCUCUCCUCCCACGUCGGCCCCCGCCCGCUCCGCGGAGGACGGCGGUCCCCCACCCCCGACCGGGGCCCGGGGCCCGUGGCCGAGGACACGCCGCCGCCCGCCCGCGGAGAGGCGGAGCCCCCGCGGAGGGAAGAGAGCGAGAGAGAGCGAGCGACCCCGGCCCGGCCGGAGCGACAAACCCUUGUGUCGAGGGCUGACUUUCAAUAGAUCGCAGCGAGGGAGCUGCUCUGCUACGUACGAAACCCCGACCCAGAAGCAGGUCGUCUACGAAUGGUUUAGCACCAGGUGCCCCACGAACGUGCGGUGCGUGACGGGCGAGGGGGCGGCCGCCUUUCCGGCCGCGCCCCGGGUCCCGGGACGGAGGGCUCUCCGCACCGGACCCCGGUCCCGACGCGCGGCGGGGGCGCGCCGCGCCGCGGCCCCCGCGGGGGGGGAACGCGGGCGACGGCCCGCCGGCGGGGACGGCGGGGGACCGGCUAUCCGAGGCCGACCGAGGCUCCCGCGGCGCUGCCGUAUCGUGUACCGCCCCAGUCAAACUCCCCACCUGGCACUGUCCCCGGAGCGGGUCGCGCCCGGCCGGCGCGCGGCCGGGCGCUUGGCGCCAGAAGCGAGAGCCCCUCGGGGCUCGCCCCCCCGCCUCACCGGUUCUAAGUCGGCUGCUAGGCGCCGGCCGAGGCGAGGCGCCGCGCGGAACCGCGGCCCCGGGGGCGCACCCGGCGGGGGGGACCGACGCGCCCGCCGCCGCGGGCCGCGAGGGGCGGCGGGGGGGGGUGGGGCGGGGGAGGGAGGGACGCGCCGCGCGCCCGCCGACGGCGGGGCGGCGCGGGCGGGGGGAGGGCCCCCGGCGCCCGCGCGCGCCGCCGCCGCCGACGGCCGGCGGACGCGCCCGGCCCCCGGCCCCGGCCCGCCCCCCGGGCCCCGCGCGCGCGGCCGGGGGGCGCGCCGGCGCCCGCCGGGCUCCCCGGGGGCGGCCGCGACGCCCGCCGCAGCUGGGGCGAUCCACGGGAAGGGCCCGGCUCGCGUCCAGAGUCGCCGCCGCCGCCGGCCCCCCCGGGUGCCCGGGCCCCCGCGGGGUGGACCGCCCCCGCCGCCGGGGCCCCGGCGGGGCUCCCGGCCCCGGCGCCCCCGCCGCGUCCCUUACGGAUCCGGCUUGCCGACUUCCCUUACCUACAUUGUUCCAACAUGCCAGAGGCUGUUCACCUUGGAGACCUGCUGCGGAUAUGGGUACGGCCCGGCGCGAGAUUUACACCCUCUCCCCCGGAUUUUCAAGGGCCAGCGAGAGCUCACCGGACGCCGCCGGAACCGCGACGCUUUCCAAGGCGCGGGCCCCUCUCUCGGGGCGAACCCAUUCCAGGGCGCCCUGCCCUUCACAAAGAAAAGAGAACUCUCCCCGGGGCUCCCGCCGGCUUCUCCGGGAUCGGUCGCGUUACCGCACUGGACGCCUCGCGGCGCCCGUCUCCGCCACUCCGGAUUCGGGGAUCUGAACCCGACUCCCUUUCGAUCGGCCGAGGGCAACGGAGGCCAUCGCCCGUCCCUUCGGAACGGCGCUCGCCCAUCUCUCAGGACCGACUGA